GAGAGAGAAACAAACAAACAAACACACAUACAGAGCAAAGCAAAGCAAACCAACCCAGAAUAGCAAUGGAGUCCAAGUGGAAGAUGAAGAAGCAACCAAGGAGGCUGGAGCGUCUCAACGCCAAGAAGAACAUCGAUUACGAACCCCCAGGCUGUUCUUCCUUGGACUUGGAGCUCCAAACUAGCCUCAGGGUCACUGGCAUCGACGGUGAAUUCGACCGUAUAUGUCAAAGUUUGGGGCUUUCUGGACCCCAAGACUUUGAAAUCCCAACCGCAGAUUGGGAAGCUCGAAAGGCUCGCUUUUGUGAUAACAGGGCAAAGGAGGAACGAGUUUCAGCUAAAUUGGCAACUGGGGUUGUGUCUAAUUGUGAUGCUGAGCUGAAAAAUGAUACCUUUGAUGUGGAAGACUUGAGGGUUGAGGUUUUGGGUUGUGAUAAUGGAGAUGGGGUUGGUGGAGGAGGGAUCAAAGGUGUUAGGCCUCCUAUUUUGACUCCACCCCCAGUGAUUUUGAAGCCAAUUGUUGAUGGGGUGAGUUCUACUUGGGAUCUCAUGAGGUCUUUUGCACCCCAAGAUGUUGGUGUUGUUGAUUCUCCUUCAUCUUCUGGUGAACAUGAUGGUAGGGGAAUUGUUGGUCGACUGAGACUUGGGGAAAGGAGUGUUCUUUUUUCUGAUUCUAGUUCGUGCACUACUUCCCAUGAUGAUGAUAGUGAUGUUGGUGGUGAAAGGGGUUGUUCUUUGUCUUGUUCUGGUUCUGGCGGCGUUCAUGAGUUGGUUCAUUAUGUCUCGUCAAAUGAGUGGUUUAGACGAACUUUCUCUUCGUGGCAAAAGGGUGAUGUUUUGGGAAAGGGGUCCUUUGGAACGGUUUAUGAAGGCUUUACGGAGGCCGGAUUCUUUUUUGCGGUAAAGGAGGUGUCUUUACUGGAUGAAGGUAGCCAUGGAAAACAGAGCAUUUUACAACUUCAGCAGGAAAUAUCUCUUUUGAGUCAGUUUGAACAUGAGAACAUAGUUCAAUAUUAUGGCUCAGACAAGGACAAAAGUACACUAUUUAUCUUCCUUCAGCUUGUGUCGAAAGGGUCGUUGGCAAGUCUCUAUCAAAAGUAUCGUUUAAACGAUUCUCAAGUUUCUGCAUACACGAGGCAGAUUUUAUGUGGCUUGAAGUAUCUUCAUGAUCGUAAAGUGGUACACAGGGAUAUCAAGUGUGCUAAUAUACUGGUUGAUGUAAACGGGUUAGUGAAGCUUGCAGAUUUUGGGUUGGCAAAGGCAACAAAAUUGAAUGAUGUUAAGUCAAGCAAAGGCUCCCCAUACUGGAUGGCUCCUGAGGUUGUUAACUUAAGGAACCAAGGUUACGGGCUAGCAGCUGAUAUAUGGAGCUUAGGAUGUACAGUUUUAGAGAUGUUGACAAGGCAGCCUCCUUACUCUGAUUUGGAAGGGAUGCAAGCAUUGUUUCAGAUUGGCCGCGGUGAAACUCCACCUAUUCCUGAAUCUUUAUCUAAAGAUGCCCGAGAUUUCAUUCUUACAUGCUUACAAGUUAACCCAAAUAAACGGCCAACUGCAGCUCAGCUAUUGGAUCAUCCAUUUCUAAGGAGACCAUUUCCACCUCCCUUAAGUCCUGCUUCUCCACAUGUUAAUAUCUUUCGGUUUUAAGAGACCUCAACUACCUCUUAUGUUUGCACUGAGAAGUUCAAAUUCAUCCUCUAUUUUCUAAAGUCUAUCCAUACACAUGUUGGGUUUAGACUGGUGGAAUAUCAAGGACAUGGUUAGCCGGUUUGCAGAUAUGUACUGGAGUUGGACCUCACAAUUCUCAGCUGGCUUGUUUAUCUCAAUCACCUCAUAUAUCAGCCCAUCAUGUUGAUACCAUGGUGAAGGUAGGUUCAUUGAAAGGGGUGAUUGCAUUAUCAAGAGCUCCACAAAGAUAAAUUUUCACUUUUAUGAUAAGGGAAUAAAGUUUCUCGUACAAGAUGGAGAUAACUUUAUCUCCUGUAUUCGCGUAAAAGUGGGUGGGGCCCUGUGAGGAGAGGAAAGAGAAAGAGAAAAAGUUGGUCCCACCCACUUUCAUGUAAAUGCAGGAGAUAAAUUAUCUCCAUCUUACAGGAAAAACAUUAUUCCCUUAUGCUAAAUGAGAAGAAGCAAUGCCACUUUAUCCCACGGAGUGGAUCUUCUUAUCUGUGGAGUGAGGAAGUGGAGAAUUUAGGAGGAGAUGGCCCUUUUGCUCUCUACUCUGUAGGGAAGUGUGCACACGCCAAGAGAUUGCUGUGGCCAUAAAGUUGGCCAUUUGGUGCCGGAGUUAUCGGAUCUUUUGAUAACAUUGCUUCUACUGUGGCUUUCUCAUGUUCUAUUUUUAAAGCAAUGUGGUUAUUGCAUUAUUUGGCUUUACACUCACUCAGUCCUAUCAGGAGCUCAUGUUCAUGCAGUUGUUCUUGCAUGGAAAUUCUCUAGUCACAAGUAUGGCUAGCUGGUUGCUGAUACUUACUUGGUCACAGUUAGAGGGGCUGCUCCAAGCACUAUUUACUGUAUGAUUUUUUUGUACUACCUAUGGCUAUUAGAGCAACAAUGGACGUUUAAAGCUUUGAAUGUUUUUUUGGUUCAAUUAAAUUGUAUGAAUUGCAGCACUUCUUUUUUCAUUUUUA